AUGCCUGGCGAGCAAGCCAGCGUUAGUGAAAAAACUAAAUAUCAAUUUAGCCAAGCCAUCACCCGCCAUCAAGUAAAAAAUAACCUUUCAGAAACAGAAAUAGCCAAUAAAUUAGAUUUAGACCGCCAAACUACGACCAGACUUUUACGAGGUUAUGUGGAAAAUUUUUCCUUGGAUAGCUUAACAGGUUAUGUAGAAAAAUUACACUUGCCUUUACAGAUAAAAAAGCCAUUCUAA